AAAGCUAGCUAGUUGUAUUACACCAAGCACACUAAGCUACCAAGGUGGAUUGAUAUGUUUUAUAUAGCUACCUUCUAGGGUUAGGGUUAGGCACCAACCAAAUACAGACAUAACCAUUUUCGUUUUUCUUUCCCUUUUAUUAAACACUUACGUUUUCUUUCUGGUUUUUAGUGACUGAGCUGUAUAUAUAUAUAAUUAUAUAUAGCUAGCUUGCUUGCAAGUACUGCAAGGUUUCUUCAACCCCCUAUUCUAUCAAGCCGACUACAAAAAGCCGAUUUGUAGGGCUUGACUCCGAAGAAAUUGAUGAAGAAACAGCAAGUGGUAGUCAAAAGAGAUGGAUCGUCCAGGAGGAGCUCAAGCAGCACUUCAUCUUCUGUGGUCAGAACAGUGAGGUACGGGGAGUGCCAGAAGAAUCACGCAGCAAAUAUCGGAGGGUACGCGGUGGAUGGAUGCAGAGAAUUCAUGGCCAGUGGGGAGGAGGGCACGGCGGAGGCGCUGACAUGUGCUGCCUGCGGCUGCCACCGGAACUUUCACCGGAGGGAAGUGGAAACUGAGGUUGUUUGUGAGUAUACUCCACCCAAUAAUACUUAUCAACGGUAAUUGUGCCUGCUUUCGUAAUUGAAUCGUGUGUAUAUGACUGAAUGAAGAAGGGCCUUUGAUAUCUCUGAAAGUAGUUAACUGAUUGAUGCCAAAGAUUGUGAAUUCUGGUUUCAUUUGCCAACCUCUAUAUAUGUACGUAUAUGAGUAAGAUGAAAAAUCAGACUUUGAUUUGAUUGUCUAAAGGAAAAGUUUCUCUAUAUUCAUGUUCUACAUGUUCGCAUGUCUCUUCCUUAUUAAUAACCUUUACAUUCAUGAA